ACCACGUUAACACGGAGCUCCGGCAGUAUUCUAAGGCGGUACAGCUGAUGACUUCUGCUCAAAAAGCGGAUGCAGACACAAAGUAUCAUGCCGUCGUUGCGAUGUGCUUCGAUGAUUUCGCCAUUGUCAUCGACCAUGCUCUGCAUCCCACGGCAUUCAAGGUCCCUCUGGGUGAAUAUUUCAACAUGGCUCCCUACAUCCCACUCUUCGGGUCCGAAGGCCAGGAGCGUUUCAAGUACUUUCUGGCAGACGGUGAGCACAAGCUAACGAUGGACAACAAGGAGACCACAUAUGGUCCUUUGUACUUCUCAGAAAUGGACAUCGACAAGGCAACUGACCAGAUCGCUGUUCCAGCUGCCCUUGAGAAGCAGCCAGUCAAGGACCAGGAGCAUAUCCUCAUGCCCCCGCGUAAGUACGUCUCCGUUCGUUCUCUGCUCGACCAACAGCCUGACCUCAUCACCGCUGCGCCCGUCCACGACAAGUGGCUUGCAACCACAGUCCGCAUCCAGGUAGACUUUGCAAACCCCAUGAUCACCAUGCAGAUCCCCAUGAAAGACUGGCUCCUGACGCCCCAAAAAGAAGGCUGGCGUGAACAAAUUUGCUGUAAUGCCCCGGAAGGCUUGCAAAUCGUCGCUAAUGAUGCCACCGUUCGUCUUGAACUGAAGCUCAAUGCCACAAAGCGGGAGGUGCCACACCACGAGCUGUCUGGCUUCAUUUUGAUGCAAGCCAUUGGUGAACAGUUCGGGCUGGACUCUGAGGUGCUGAAAAACAUGAUGUGGUCAGUGUACCGAGUUUGGGCGCCCUACCGCCCACAGCGCACAGAUUGUGCUCUUGGUGCUUAGAAUUGCGCAGCUUCGGACGUCAAAACGUGAGGAGGUGUCAUAUGCUGCUGGUGUUGUUUGAUUACGCUGGUUCGUGAUCGAUAACGAUAGUGAUAGUAGUGUGCCCCAUACGGUAAUACAUCCCUUUGAUUGAAUAUACUUUUUCUUUUUAACAAACCAUGUUUUCCCUCUUGUCCUGUCUGGCUCGCUGAUGUUG